GGACACUCGGCGAUUAUCUUCUUCCAUUUCUAGGGUUUGCUGUGAUGAAUUGAGGAGGACGAUUCAUCGUCGCUGCUUCUCGCGAAUAGUGAAUUUGGUCUUUUAAGAAGUGAUCCCUAAUGAUACUUGGUAGUAACUCCAUCCAAGAAACCCACUAUGACAUUCUAUCAGUGAAGGAAGAUGCAAGCUAUGAAGAAAUCCGUACGAGUUAUAGGUCUGCCAUCCUUAAUUCUCAUCCUGAUAAGCUACAUUCCAACAAUGAAUCAGGAGAUACGUUUCUGAAAGUGCAGAAGGCCUGGGAAGUCCUCAAUGAUCCAAGAUUGCGUGCAAUCUAUGAUACUGAACUGCAAGCUUCAAGACAGGAUGCAACAGCCUCUGAAGAUGUUGGACUAGAGGAAAUGAUGGCAGAAAAUGCUGGAGAAGUCUUGGAACUCUUCUACCCAUGUCGAUGCGGUGAUUACUUCUCUGUUGAUUCCUCAGAGUUGGAUAAAAUGGGGUAUAAGUUGUUGAGGGAUGAUAAUAAGAUUUCUUUACAAACUCCUGAUGCUUUACCAGCAUCUGUUAUUCUUCCCUGUGGUUCUUGUUCUCUAAAAGUUCGUCUUUUGAUAAAUCCAGAUGUUAAGUUUCCAAUUGAUGAUCAUAUUUGAUUAGUCUUUCAUUUUUCAUUUUUCUGCUUGAUUUUCUUCUUGGAAAAGUCUUUUUUCUUUAUGCUUUUGUAACUCAGCAACUCAAUGAAUGGAGAUUGUAUUCUCGCUGAAAUUUCCCUUGUGAUUAGCAACAAGUGAUGAAGUGUUUGAUUAGUAUUUUAUAAAACUACUUUAUAGGU